AUGAAUUCUCUCGAUGCGGAGAAAUUUUACGGUAAAACCACACUCGCGAAACUAGAAAUCGUUGAAAAGAAGGUGAAUAGUAAGCAGCAAUGGGUGAAAGUAUCCCGGAGGAUGCCAUCGUGCAUUAUGGGGCCACCAGAGUUUUGGAUGGAAUUUUGCAAACAGGCGGAAGCGCUUCGCAUGGCUGGUGAGAAAAGCACCGACUUCCAAAUGCUUUCUACGUUCGUUUACCAAAGAGACAACGGUUAUCGUAAAUUUGUGGUAGCUCAUCCUGAAAGAUAUUGGUGGCAUUACGAGCAUCGACCAGCAGAGGAGAGAUGCUCCUACGAGAUUAUUCCGGAAUGUCAUCCUUGUCGAUUGUACUUGGAUUUGGAGUAUUCGAUUGAACUAAAUUCAAAAAGUGACGGACCGUCCAUGACCGAUACGAUAAUCAACGUAUUCUCUUCUUAUUUGCUCGCAUAUUGGCACAUACCGUGCAAUAAAUACAACGUGGUCAACUUGGAUUCGAGUACCGAUGAGAAAUUUAGUAGACACCUUAUAUUCAACGUUAAAAAUGUAGCCUUUAAAGAUAAUUAUCACGUUGGUAGAUUAGUAAAGUCUGUAUGCCAGGAUAUCUUAGAUUACGUUUCGCUCGAUGUUAAAUCACACGAUAUUUUGUGCAACUUCGAGAAGGCGAAACUCGAACGAUUGAUCGUUGAAACUAAGAAAGGUAAAGGAUUGUUCGUUGACACCGCUGUUUAUACGAAAAACAGACACUUUAGAAUAUAUAAAUCCACGAAAUGGGGGAAGAAGUCGAAUUUGAUUAUUUCCGAUGAUUCGAAAUAUAUACCGACUAUACUGUCAAAGGACAAGGAACUGAAUAUAUUUCUCGAUUCUUUGAUAACGUAUUUUUUUGCAAAAAAGGAUUUAAUGUUGUUGGAGUGUGCUGAAAAUGGUGCACUGGUCACGAAACCUUUCAAACGGGAAAUAGAAAGGAAUCGUUGCUUUCAACAUGAUUAUUCUUAUUCGUCGCAUUCGAUAUUGGAUAAAUAUAUUUCGAAUUUAAUAUAUCCUGGAAAAGUAAGAGCAUGUAAAUAUCGUCGGUCUUCCAAUUUAUCGGUAUACCAAACUUCGGGAUAUAGAUACUGCGAAAAUAUAGGCAGGUGCCAUAAAAGUAACAAUGUUUUCUGGGUCGUCGAUUUGAAAAACAAAACCAUGUAUCAAAAAUGUCAGGACCAAGAUUGUUUUGGUUUCAAGCCGAAACGGAGACGAUUACCAGAGGAAAUAUGUUUUCAAAUCGACGAAGACGACGAUAUACUGUUGCGUUGUGCUCUCGUAACGGAAGAUAUAGCGCAAAAGGCUGGAUCCUUUUGA